GAAAGGGUGGGGGUGAACCUCUCAAACCUCAGUCUGCAACAAAAGUAACAUCGGAAGGAAAACACUCAAAAUAAAUUAUAAAAAUUAAUGGCUCAUAUAUCGAUAUUGGAGACACAGAGGUAACCAAGUGUGGCUGAAGAACUGUUUGUAGAAUAAAUUAUCCCUCUUCAUCCCCGUGUUGGGUCGCGGGUGGUGCGGUCGGCGGCCGCCAUCUUGUUCCCGCGGGGGUCGGGGGUUGGCCGUUGACGUUGGUUUGUGGCCGUCCCGGAGCUUCGACGAUGCCGGCCGGACCGGUGCAGGCGCUGCCUCCCCCUCAGCCCGAAAACCAGAUACCAGAAGAAACAAAAGAUGAAACCUCAUCUUCCAAACCCAUUGUUGGUAUUAUCUACCCUCCACCUGAGGUCAGGAACAUUGUUGACAAAACUGCUAGUUUUGUAGCCAGAAAUGGCCCUGAAUUUGAAGCCCGUAUUCGUCAGAAUGAAAUAAACAAUUCCAAGUUUAACUUCUUGAAUCCAAAUGAUCCUUAUCAUGCAUAUUACCGACACAAAGUUAAUGAAUUCAAGGAGGGAAAAGGACAAGAACCUUCAGCUGCUAUUCCAAAGGUUAUGCAACAACAGCAGCAGCUGCCACAGAAGGUGCAAGCUCAAGUGAUUCAGGAAACUAUUAUCCCUAAGGAACCCCCGCCUGAAUUUGAAUUUAUUGCUGAUCCCCCAUCUAUCUCAGCCUUCGACCUGGAUGUCGUGAAACUGACUGCUCAAUUUGUUGCACGAAAUGGUCGACAGUUUUUGACUCAGCUGAUGCAGAAAGAACAACGUAACUAUCAGUUUGACUUUCUGCGGCCACAGCACAGUUUGUUCAACUAUUUCACCAAACUAGUGGAGCAGUAUACAAAGAUUUUAAUACCUCCAAAGGGACUGCUUCAGAAAUUGAAAAAGGAGGCAGAAAAUCCUAAAGAAGUUUUGGAUCAGGUGAGAUACCGAGUUGAAUGGGCCAAAUUUCAGGAGCGUGAAAGGAGGAAGGAGGAGGAAGAACGGGAAAGGGAGAGAGUAGCUUAUGCACAGAUUGACUGGCAUGACUUUGUGGUGGUGGAAACUGUUGACUUUCAGCCAAAUGAGCAAGGGCAUUUCCCUCCACCAACUACCCCAGAAGAACUUGGAGCUCGUAUUUUGAUGCAGGAGAGAUAUGAGAAGUUUGGUGAGAGUGAGGAGGUUGAAAUGGAAGUUGAAUCUGAUGAUGAAGUUGAGGAAACGGAGGAGAAACCAGAAGAAGCUCCAACACAGUUAGAUCAAGAUACACAAGUACAAGAUAUGGAUGAGGGAUCAGAUGAAGAAGAUGAAAAUCAGAAAGUGCCACCACCUCCUGAUAAUCCAAUGCCUCCACCUCUUCCUCCUACUCCAGAUCAGGUUAUCAUUAGGAAGGACUAUGAUCCAAAAGCUUCUAAACCAGUGGCUGGUACGCCUGCACCUGAUGAAUAUCUCAUUUCCCCGAUCACCGGAGAAAAGAUUCCAGCUAGCAAAAUGCAAGAGCACAUGCGAAUUGGGCUGUUGGAUCCACGUUGGUUGGAGCAGCGUGAACGUUCCAUUAGAGAGAAACAGAGUGAAGAUGAAGUAUAUGCUCCAGGUCUGGAUAUUGAAAGUAGCUUGAAGCAGCUGGCUGAACGACGUACUGAUAUCUUUGGUGUGGAAGAAACUGCUAUCGGGAAGAAGAUUGGUGAAGAAGAAAUACAGAAACCCGAAGAGAAGGUUACUUGGGAUGGGCAUUCUGGUAGCAUGGCACGUACACAACAAGCUGCACAAGCCAACAUCACGCUGCAAGAACAGAUUGAAGCUAUCCACAAGGCCAAAGGAUUGGUUCCAGAGGAUGAUACCAAGGAGAAAAUUGGACCCAGCAAACCUGCUGAUUUACCACAACCCCCACCACUUUCAUCUGCCACAAAUUCUUCAAUGAAUGCUCCUCCAGUCACAUCAAUGCCCAGACCACCUUCUAUGCCACCCCCUGUGCGGAAUAUUAUGUCAUCAAUGCCUGUUCUCCCCAGGCCACCAAUGUCUCCUGUUAUCCGUUUAGCGCCAGGACCUGUUUUAUCAGCUCCCAUGCCACCAAUGAUUCCUGGACCACGGAUUAAUGUAGUACCUAUGCCUUCUUCGGCUCCACCGGUUUUGACUCCUCGACCACCACCAAUGGUGGUACCGUCCGCCUUUGUACCUGCACCUCCAACAGUUCCUGCCCCAAUCCCUUCUUCACUUCCACGACCCCCUCCACCGCUGGAUGAUGAACCAGCAACGAAAAAGAUGAAAAGUGAGGAUAACCUUAUCCCAGAGGAAGAAUUUCUACGAAGAAGCAAGGGCCCAGUCACAGUCAAGAUACAGGUACCUAACAUGCAGGAUAAGUCGGAAUGGAAGCUGAAUGGCCAGGUCCUUGUUUUCACUCUCCCUCUAACAGAUCAGGUGUCUGUUGUCAAGGUGAAAAUCCACGAGGCUACAGGAAUGCCAGCUGGUAAACAGAAACUUCAAUAUGAGGGCAUCUUUAUUAAAGAUUCUAACUCUCUGGCCUAUUAUAAUGUGACCAGUGGUUCAGUUAUCCACCUUGCCUUCAAAGAACGUGGAGGUCGAAAGAAGUAGCAUGUUGCUGCAAGUUAUUACCAUCUUUCUACACAUACAAUAUAUGGGAAUUUGAAUCCAAGCUAUCUAUUCUUAAAAUACAGAAAAUUAAAAAUGUUAACUUGAUUAACAGGCAAUUCAUAUGCAGCUUCUUUGUUUAGAAAAUGAAACUGUAGCAGAAAUAAUAAAGAACUCAAGUUUUUAAAUUUUGAAUGUUAUGUUACAUGUGGUUUCUUCAGUAUGAUAGCCUGUGAUCUGAAGGUCUGAAAAGAUGUGGUGAUUAAACUAAAUUUUGGUUGGAAUUCUGGUGUAACUCCAUUCACAAAGCCUCUAUUGGUUAAGUUAUCUUCCCUGUUCCUGUGAGAUUAUUGCAUUGUGUUUAGCUCUGAAUAUUUUUAAUAAAAUGAUAUUGGUUCUUGUGA